AUGGGUUCUGAUCCCGUCAGCUCGUCACCUCCUAGCGGCGCGCUUUCGUUGCCGCCACUGGCGCUGUCUCCGCCGGUUGGCGAGCCGCACCAUUGGAGCGCCACGGCGGCUUCCGCGCUGCAUUCCGUUCCGAGGUACCACUCGCUUGGCAGAGCUCCGUCCGCGCGCACCGCGCGACAACUCCCCUUCCGCCGCCCACGCUCUCUCCCUCCCGCCACGUUCUCUCGCUUCCCUCCUGUCGCGACAGUCCCCUCCGUCGCCCACGCUCACUCCUCCCCACCACGCACGCUCUCCCCCCAUCCAUCGCCCACGCUCACUGCCCGUACUCCGCACACGCUCACUUCCCUCCGUCGCCUAUGCUCCAUCCCCAUCCCUUCCCUCCCCAUCCCUCAUCUCCCCAUCCCUUCCCUCCCUAUCCCUCAUCUCCCCAUCCCUUCCCUCCCCAUCCCUCAUCUCCCCAUCCCGUCCCUCCCCAUCCCUCACCUCCCCAUCCCCGCCUCCCCAUCCCUUCCCUCUCCAUCCCUUCCCUCCCCAUCCCUCACCUCCCAGUCUCUCAACUUACCGUCCCUCUUCUCCCCAUCCCUCUUCUCCCCAUCCCUCUUCUCCCCAUCCCUCUUCUCCCCAUCCCUUCCCUCUCCAUCCCUCACCUCACCAUUCCGGCGUCGGCGCGAGGGAGGGGAAUGGGCAUGGGCGACGGAGGAAGGAAGCGAGGGCGAAGAAGAGGGGACGCUCGACGAAGACGUCAGCGGCGGGAAUGAGAACAAUGUUGACGCAGCGACAGGUGGGAGAGGAGAGGUCGACUCGGCGAGCGAUGGGGAGGGAAAACGAGGGCGACGGGAGGGGGAAAGCGAGGGCGACGGGAGGGGGAAAGCGAGGCCGACGGAAGGGGGAAAGCGAGGUCGACGGGAGGGGGAAAGCGAGGUGGACGGGAGGGGGAAAGCGAGGUCGACGGGAGGGGGAAAGCGAGGUCGACGGGAGGGGGAGGCGGCGAUGGCGACCCGCGAGGCGAGGGUGGUAGGCGGGGAAGAUGCGGUACGCGACGGGCGGGGGAAGCGAGGGCGGCGGGUAUGGGAAGCGAGGGCAACGGGAGGGGAGAAGCGAGGGCGGGCGGAGGAAGCAAAGGCGACGGGCAGGGAGGAGGCGAGGCGACGGGCGGGGAGGAGGUGGUGCGCGGGAAGAGCGAGGGCGACGGGCGGGGGAAGCGAGGCUUCGGGUUUUAACCGCACGCUUAUCAUCCCACGCCACGGCUUCGCCAUCUCCGUGGUGGCGGAGUAUCGCUCCUGCCUCAUGCCACAGUACCCAUCUCCUCCCCAUUCCCACCACCAGGAAGCGUGCAUGCACAUGUACCUGGCCCUGGCGGCGCUUCUCAUCAUCCCACGGCAUGGCUUCGCCAUCUCAGUGGUGGCGGAGCAGAGUACCGAUGGGGCCAUUGUGAACGCCCUAAUACAUCCCUCCCUUCGACCUCCCUCUCCCCCUCCUUCCCUUCCCCCCACCCCCCUUCCUCCCACUCACCCCAACCACCAGGAAGCGUGCAUGCACAUGUACCUGGCCCUGGCAGCCCUAUUGAACCGCACGCUCAUCAUCCCACGGCACGGCUUUGCCGUGUCAGUGGUGGCGGAGUAUCGCUGGCAGUGGGGCGUCAUUGUGAGCGUCCCUCACAUGCGCUCCUGCCUCAUGCCUCACUACCCUUCACCCCUUCCUGCUGCUUCUGCUGGGUCUCCUGGAUCUGCUGCUGGGGCUGCUGCUGCUGCUGCUGCUGCUGCUGCUGGCUCUGCUACUGCUGCUGUCGGUGGUGUUACCUCUGGCAACAGCAGUGGCAGUGAUAGUAGUGAAUGGAUUUGGCGGGCAGCCAAUGGGGAGGUGCCAAGUGUGAUCAGCCAGGACGAGUACGAGGCACUGGAGGGGCGCAAUCUGACUGUGGACCGGAUAGCGUGUGUUGUGCCACACACGUGCCUCUCCCACCCGCAGAUGGUGUUCAAGGCCCUGCCACACAUAUCCUUCGCCUCGCACCUGGAGUACCCCCCUCUCCAGUCCCACCACCGCGAGCUAUUGCAUGUGCUCACACGCACUACCGCCACUUUUCAAUCCCAACCGCAACUCAUUCCUUCCUCCCAUCCCUUCUCGCCUCCCCAUGUGUUCAAGGCCCUACCAGACAGUACCUUUGCCUCGCACCUGGAGUACCCCCCUCUGCAUUCCCACCACCUCGAUGGCCUCCAGCACGUGCAUGCAAACACAGACGCCACUCAUCCAACUCAUUCCUUCCUCCCCCCUUUUAUUGGCCCCUCAUGUCCCCCGCUCCCCAACCAGGUAUUUAAGGCCCUACCAGACAUUACCUUUGCCUCGCACCUGGAGUACCCACCUCUGCACUCCCACCACCUCGACGAGCUCCUGCACGUGCUCUCCAGCACCCAUGCCACAGGCGAGGUGGUUUCUGAGUCAACCCAAGAGGCACAGCAGCAAGGCAUGCAAGAGCCAGCAGCUGCGUUCGCCCUUGCCUCUUCCGCUUCACAUCCCACUGCUUCGGUUCUCCAACCACCCGGCAUGGCUGGGAACCACAGCAGCAACGCCGCCCUCUCAACUUCCUCCUCCUCCUCCUCCUCCUCCUCCUCCUCCUCCUCCUCCUCCUCCUCCUCCUCCUCCUCCUCCUCCUCUUCCUCCUCCUCCUCCUCCUCCUCCUCCUCCUCCUCCUCCUCCUCCUCCUCCUCCUCCUCCUCCUCCUCUCCCUCCCCUCCCUCCUACUCGCCUUCUUCGCCCUCCACCGCUCUCCCCUACGCCGCCACGCCAGUGCUCUCUCUAGGCGAUCUCAACGGGCUCACCCUCUCCUCUCUGCCCUUUGACAUGUUCUCCCCGCACCCGCCCUUCCGCCUCUCCUGUGUGGACCUCUGGCUGCCUCCUCCCCCAGUUGAGGGGUUUGUUACUGGAUUCAUUGACACGUUUCUGGGGGGCGACUAUGCGGCCGUGCACCUGAGGAGGGGACUAUGCGGCCGUGCACCUGAGGAGGUGAGCAUUGCGCUCCCUCCCUCAUUUUCCUCAGGUGAGCUAUGUGCACUGCCACUAGGGAAUGGAAUCAGGUCCGACUUCUCCCGGGUGUACCACCAUACUCACCAGACCAAGAGCCAUCCUGCCUUCCUGCCCAUCGUGGCAGUGGGGCGAUUCAUCAUGAGGCGCCUGGCCAAUCGCAGCGUGACAGCUGUCUACCUCGCCACUGACGCCAGCCAGUACGAGGUGGAGCUGCUGGAGAGGCUCCUCAUGGUUCUGCCGAAGGGGCUUCUGUCUGCCAGCCACUACGAGGUGCAGCUGCUGGAGAGGCUUCUCAUGGGCAUGGCGCCCGGUAGUCCGCUCAUUGUGGUGCGUCUGCCAGCCUUUGGCACCGAUUCUGACGAGUACCAGCGCUUCCCAUGGGUCAAGAGCACAGCUCUCUUUUUGGUGCGCCUGCCGGCCUUUGGCACCGAUUCAGAUGAAUACCAGUAUGCCAUUUGCAAAGCACAUCCCUAUUCACCCCCUUUUCUCCCUUCUCCCCCCUUUUUUCCCUUUCUCCUCAAUUGUCCCCCCUUCUUUCCCCCUUUACCCCUUCUCAUCCCUUCACCCCCUUUUCCCUCUUUCUCCCCCAUUUCCCCCUGUCUCCGCCCUCCUCCCCGUUUCUCCCCCUUGUCCCCCCAUCUCCCCCUUUUCCCCACAUCUCCCCCCUUCUCCCCGCUUCUCCCCGUUUCUCCCCCCUCUCCCCUCUUCUCCCCCCUUCUCCCCUUCUCCCCUUCUCCCCUUCUCCCCUUCUCCCCUUCUCCCCUUCUCCCCUUCUCCCCUUCCCCCCUUCUCCCCUUCUCCCCGUCUCCCCUUCUCCCCUUCUCCCGUUCUCCCCGUCUCCACUACUCCCCCCUUGCCCGCAUCUCCCCCCUUGCCCGCGUCUCCACUACUCCCCCCGUGCGCGCAUCUCCCCCCGUGCGCGCAUCUCCCCCCGUGCGCGCAUCUCCCCCCGUGCGCGCAUCUCCCCCCGUGCGCGCAUCUCCCCCCGUGCGCGCAUCUCCCCCCGUGCGCGCAUCUCCCCCCGUGCGCGCAUCUCCCCCCGUGCGCGCAUCUCCCCCCGUGCGCGCAUCUCCCCCCAUGCGCGCAUCUCCCCCCGUGCGCGCAUGUGGGCAGACAUUUCACGAGGCCGAGAGGGACAUGGAGGGUGGCACGAACACCAACGGCAUUGCGAGAGCGCUUGCAGAGAAGCACAUAUGCGCACGGGCGAAGCAUUUCAUUGGGACUCCUUACUCGUCCUAUUCCAAAGACAUCUUUCGCAUGCGAGAGGUGCAUGGCUUCGCGUCUUCCGCUGAUGCUUACAUUGAAGCAUUUUAA